UACCCGUUUGAUCUUCCACUCUCCACUCUCACGUGCUCCAACUUCCUCUUCACGGCGGUGCCCGGCUCACCUCUCUUUUAGCAUCUCAGCGCCGCCGCCGCCGCCGCCGCCGCCAAAACGUAGCAGUUUGCACUGAUUUUCUACUCUCCUCCAUUGUACUGGUACGUAGUUUAGCUUGUGAAUUGCAUGGUAUUUGGUGUUUGAUUCUGUAGCCCGGCGAAAUGGAUGAAAUUGGCAAUGGUGCGGUGGAGUCCAUGGAAAAGCUUAAUGGCCUCCGUAUCACCUCUUUAGAUGACGAAGAUAUUGAUGAUACGGAAGAGUUGCAAGAUGACUUUGAUACCGAUGACGAUGAUGAGGAUGAAGAAACUGAAGAGUCGGUAGUUUUAGGAUUUGUUGAGAAGCCAAAAAAUUCCUGGUCUCUUCUUCCUCAGUUAUUUCCAAGCAAGGCUGGAGGAGUACCGGCUUGGUUGGAUCCAGUGAAUUUGCCGUCUGGAAGGUCUUGCGUUUGUGAUAUAUGUGGAGAGCCUCUGCAGUUUUUGCUUCAGAUUUAUGCUCCUAUUGUCGAGAAGGACUCAACAUUUCAUCGAACAAUAUUUAUUUUUAUGUGUCCAUCAAUGACUUGUCUUCUACGAGAUCAACACGAGCAAUGGAAAUGCAAGUCUGAGAAGUCAUCUCGUAGUGUGAAGGUUUUCCGUGGCCAAUUAUCUCGUAGUAAUCCCUUUUACUCGAGUGAACCUCCAAGACAUGAUGGGACUGACAAACCUUCGGAAUCUGGAGCUGCACGCUGUAACUGGUGUGGUACUUGGAAAGGAGACAAAGUCUGUAGCAAGUGUAGAACAGUACGUUAUUGCUCUGAGAAACAUCAGGCUACUCAUUGGCGUACUGGGCAUAAAACAGAUUGCCAACGGUUGUGCAUGUCUUCUCAGUUAAGUUCUGGAACGACUAACAGUCAGCACGAAGCAUAUAUUGAGAAAGUUUCAAGCAAGCAUCUUUGGCCUGAAUUUGAGAUCAUACAUGAACAUGAGAGUGAGUUCAACAUGGAAAUAUCCCAGGAUAAUUCGUAUGCAAAUUCUUUGGUUCGUAGUGAUAGGGUGGAUGACUCAAUACAGUCCUUGUUGGACAAUUUUGAGGGAGAUGAUGAUAGAAAGUCUUGGGCCUCAUUCCAAGAUCGCUUAUCAAAGGCUCCUGAACAAGUGUUGAGGUAUUGUAGAGACGUUGGCUCUAAACCUUUGUGGCCAAUGUCAAGUGGUCGGCCCUCCAAAGCAGAUAUUCCAAAAUGCAGUUACUGCAGCGGACCCAUGUGUUAUGAAUUUCAGAUCUUGCCUCAAUUGCUUUAUUAUUUCGGAGUAAAGAAUGAUGUGGACUCGCUCGACUGGGCGACGAUAGUUGUGUAUACCUGUGAAGCCUCCUGUGAGUCAACUGUAGCUUACAAGGAGGAGUUUGCUUGGGUUCAGCUCUCUGCCCCAUCUGCUGUGCACUAGUAAUAUAUUAAUUUUUGUUAGUUUCGUUCUUCAGCCUUUCUAUUUAUAUACCAAAUGAGUUUCCUUUUUGGUUAUUUUUUUAGGUAAUUCAGAAUGUUCAACUAGAGAAAUCAAAAUUUUUAUGUCUUCUCUUUGUUUUCUGACCUUUCUUUUAAAAUCAAUUAUACACUUGUAAAAUUGUAAAAGGAGAUUUCAGAAACCUCUUCCAGUUAGUUGAAAAGUAGUCAURGUUUUGAAGGAGGGAAAAGCGAGUCUUUAUGGAGUUAAACUAAAAGGUAUGUCAAACAUUAGGUACUUGUGCGAAAUCGUACCUAAUUCUCUUUGCGGGGAGAUCGUCUUUCCAGAGGAACCAUGCUUGUUAAGUCCAUAAUUUCCUCCGACAUGUUUGUCCACUGUCGAGAGGAAGAACUAUUUCUCGUGUAUUAGACAAGAUUCUAUCCAAUAUUACUAAUGUCUUAACUAAUKGGAGCGAUUGAA